AUGGGUGGACCUUCACACGCGGUGCCGGAAAUUGAUACUACACUGGCUACCUUUGCAACACCGCAACUUCCAAUGGGUUAUGAAAACCCAAUACCUACCUACCCAGAUCCGACUGGGUAUAACCCGUAUGAGCCACAAGCUCCUACUGGUUACCAUUAUCAACCACCUGCUUACGACCCAUAUGUCGAAGCAGCUAACUUUAACGCCCUCUAUCCCUCACCGUUUCCACCAGCAUACCCAACUGGUUAUCCUGUUCAAGGGUAUCAAUACCCUUCAUAUCAACAACAACCACAACCUCAACCUCCACCUCAACAACCAUCAACACAAGAAAUCUUACAAAGGUUGGAAGAGGUUGAACAAAGGGCGGAGGAACGUGAAAGAAAGACCCAUAAGUUCCUUAAGGGUCUUGCAAACUUCAUAAAAGGGAAGAAGAAGGAUCGUUGA